AUGCCCGGCUCACUGGAAGGGCUGCGCGCGCUCUCUCCCGCCGAGGAGUACCUUCGGAUUGUCGCCAGCGCCGCGGCACGAGGGCUCGCGCCGCCAGACAAGACGGUGCUGAUCACUGGAGCUUCUGGCUACCUCGGUCAGCACCUCAUCGCUCACUUAGCGCGCACCUUCCCCACGUGGCGCCUCGCCGCAGCGUAUGGCGGGCUCGACACAUUCGCGGAGGACUUUGGGGCGGUCUGCGCGUGCGUCCAACUCGACCUCACCGACGGCGCGGCAGUCACCGCGCUCGUCUCAGAGGUGAAGCCAGACGUGGUGCUGCACCUCGCAGCCAUAUCGAGCCCGGCCGUCUGCGAAAGGGACCCAGCGCGUGCUCGCGCCGUCAACGAGUGCCCCCCCCUCCUCGCGGCCGUCCCAGCGCACGCCUGCUUCGUCUUCCUCUCCACCGAUCAGGUCUACGACGGCCUCGCCGCCCCGUACACUGAGACGUCGGCCGCCGCCCCGGUCAACGUGUACGGGCAGAGCAAGCUCAGCUUUGAGCGCGCCCUGACCGCCGCGCUCCCGUCGCGAAGCGUCUGCCUCCGCUCGUCCCUCAUCCUCGGCCCUCCGACGCCUGGGCGGCACAGGUACAAACAGCCGACGGGGACGGACCACCGCGUCUCAUUCCGUAGCUCGCCCUCUUCCGACGCGCAGGUCCGGUCGGUCGUGUGGGUGGGAGAUAUCGUGUCGAUCCUCGCCUCGCUCGCCCGCGACGGCGUCAGCCCGCAGUCGGCGGGCGUGUACAACAUGGGCGGACCAGAGAGAGUGACGCGCGUGGAGGUGGCGGAGGCAGUCGCAGCGCAGGGCGGCUACGACGCGCCACAACUCAUCCGCCCCGUGGCGCGCUCGUCGCUGCCGCCCGCCGCGCGCGCGGUCGCCUCGCCUCCGGACAUCUCUAUGGACUCGACGAAGCUGCGCAGCCUCACUGGCCAUCCGGCGACGAGGCUUGCGGAGAUGGUCGCUGGUGCGGCGGCCGCCGCUGGCGCCUCGCCGUUCUAG